CUGGAGUGUAGAAUGUCUGAAUGAGCUUUUCUUUGCCCUUUCUCUCCCUAAAUUUUCUAUUUACUUCGCGCGCCUAAAAAACAGGGUCGAAAGCUAUCGAAAAGAAUUUCUCUUUCGUUCUCCGAUUUCUGUCAGUGGAAGAAGAAGGAACUCGCAAAUCUCUGCAAUAGCUCCACUUGUGUGUGUACUCUCUGCAUCGGAUUCUAAUCUUUCAUUGGACGAAGGCUUCGAAGCUCUGGAACCUUCAUCAAGUGGUCCUCUCUACAAGUUACUCACUUCGUUCAUAUCUACAUCAAUCUGGCUCUCCGAUCUCGCUUCCUUGGUUGAUUAAAGAGUUAGAUUUCACAGGAGCUUUUAUCUGUUCUCUGGAAAAUGGAAAAGUGUGCGUAUAAGCUACAGGAAUUCGUGGCACACUCGUCCGAUGUCAACUGUUUGAAUAUUGGGAAGAAGUCCGGUAGGCUUCUUAUCACUGGUGGAGGAGAUCACAAGGCGAAGCUGUGGGCGAUUGGGAAACAAAGUUCUAUAUUGAGCCUGUCUGGUCACACCAGUCCAGUUGAAUCUGUAACUUUUGAUUCAGCAGAGGCUUUGGUGCUUGGUGGAGCUUCUUCGGGCACAAUAAAGCUUUGGGAUUUGGAAGAGGCAAAGAUUGUACGCACACUUACUGGGCACAGAUCCAAUUGUGCUGCUGUUGAAUUCCAUCCAUUUGGUGAGUUUUUUGUGUCUGGAUCUCUGGACACGGAUGUAAAGAUCUGGGAUAUCAGAAAGAAAGGAUGCAUUCAUACUUACAAAGGCCAUACUCGAGGAGUCAGUACCAUUAAAUUCACUCCUGAUGGUAGAUGGGUUGUUUCUGGAGGAUUAGACAAUGUCGUGAAGGUAUGGGAUCUAACUGCUGGGAAGCUCCUGCACGAUUUUAAAUUCCAUGAAGGACAAAUUCGUUGCAUAGAAUUUCAUCCCCUUGAGUUUCUUCUAGCUACAGGUUCUGCAGACAGGACUGUGAAGUUCUGGGAUCUAGAAACCUUUGAACUGAUUGGAUCUGUUGGACCUGAGGAAACUGGUGUACGCUCUAUGACCUUUCACCCUGAUGGAAGGACAUUGUUUUGUGGGUUGGAUGAUAGUUUAAAGGUUUUUUCAUGGGAGCCUAUAAUAUGUCAUGAUGCUGUUGAUAUCGGGUGGUCUACAUUGGGUGACCUGUGUAUUCACGAAGGAAAACUUUUGGGUUGCUCUUACCAUCAGAACUGUGUUGGAGUGUGGGUUGCAGAUAUUUCGCUCAUUGGACCAUAUGGAGGUGAUGCACCCAGAUCAAAUAGCCAGACAGGGCAGAAAUUUAAUAUGCGGGAAAGUCUUGUGCAGAAAGUGGAUGGUAGCUUGAAGUCUAAUACUGGCCUGUUGACCAUGCAAGAGGAUGAUGACUCGUUAGAAAUAAAGAACAUUUAUGUGGAUUCUACCAAUGGUAUACCUAGUAAUCUACAAAGGAUUAGAUCAACUAAGUCUCCGAAGGUGGUUUUACCCCGGGAUUCUGAAAAGGAAAUCGGUCAUCCUUCAGCUCCAAAGACGCGUCCUGCAAUGGUGGUGCAAAGAAGAACCAGGAGUGAAGUAACUAGCAGGCCUUUUACUGUGCCUCUUGUUGUACCUAGAAACAGUCCUGCAGGAGAAAAUGCAUCCAAUUCUAGAAGAGAAUCUGUAUCCAGUGUAAAACCCAGCCCUGAUAAGUUAGUCAAGCCAACCCAUUUGCGGAGGUUAUCAAGUAGCAAAUUUGACAUGGGGCACCACUCAAUAGCUGUUGAAAAUGAAUCUCCUACCAGCAAGAAAUGUGGUUCAGAACCAAAGUUCCAUUUCAGCUUUUUUACAAAAGAUGACGUAACAGGAACCGUUGAGGCAAGCAAUUCAACUAUCAACCAUGUUGCAGAGAAGUUUGACAAGAUUCUGUCACCUGAGCCACCCUCAAUCUCAGACCAAGAAAAAUGCAGUGAACCACUUAAUAACAAAGGAAAUAACUCUGUCAAGAUUAUUAAUGGAGUGGCAGUUGUAUCGGGAAGAACUCGUUCUCUAGUUGAGCGGUGGGAAAAGAGGGAAAUAUGUACUAGCAGUGAAGAAUUGUCAACUAAUGCAUCUAAUGUGAUACCUGAAGCUCGUACACCACCUGCUGUACAGAGUGGACAACCUCAAACUUCUGGAAGGGAAUCAACAUCUGCAAACAAUGAGGAUCUAAUUGAGGGUCUAUUACAAAAUCACGAUAUAUUCUUAAGUACUCUGCGAUCUCGCCUGACUAAAUUACAGAUGGUGCGGCAUUGUUGGGAAAGGAAUGACAUUAAAAGUGCUAUCAAUGCUAUGGGGAAGUUGCCUGAUCAUUCUGUGCAAGCUGAUGUGAUCAGUGUUCUCAUGGAGAAAAUGGGCAUUUUUACCUUGGAUCUCUUCUCUUGUUUGCUGCCUGUGCUCACAGGCUUAUUGGACAGCAAAAUUGACAGGCAUGUAAGUGUUUCAUUGGAAAUGAUACUGAAGCUUGUGACAGUCUUUUGGCCUGUAAUCCGUUCGACUUUGUCAGCGUCUCCAUCUGUUGGAGUCGAUCUUCAUGCAGAGCACAGGCGCGAUUGCUGCAACCAGUGCUUUAUCCAGUUGCGAAAGAUCAAGCAGGUUCUUCCUUCAUUGUCGAGGCGGGGUGGAUUGCUCACCAGGUGUGCCCAGGAAUUGCAUAUUCUUCUUCAGGAACCAUAACCUGCUACUGCAAUCCCCUUGUAUUGAUUUAAUUCCAACUUGAGUGGCUUCCGGUCAUGGCAGUUCCUUGUUACCUUUUCAACAGGAUAAUUAUUAAAACAAACUUUUCCCUGAAGUAGUCUGCAAAUCUGUGUCAAUUCACCCUCACCUUGGUUUUGUCCCAUACCCCAGUUUUUGACUCUUCUAUUUUUUCCAGUGCUGGCUUCUGAUCUUGGUAAUCAAACCAAAAAGGUUGUUCACACUCCUGCAACUGCUCAUGUAAGCAAGCAAUGAAUCAUCAUAAGACGUUUCCUAACUGUGAUCAUCUGGAGGUCUUCAGUGGCCAUUUGUUUUUGAUCUGGAUCAAGCUGCAUGAUUCUUGCUCUUGAUUUGUAUUUACCAUGUAUAAAAUUUUGUAUCUGUACUGUUCUUAUAACCUUCAAUUAAAUUCAUAAAUUCUUUGAAA